AUGGCUUUCAGGGCACGGUCAGGGGCCUUGCUCAGAUGGAGUAAUGGUGGCCGCCUUCGGACGAUAUGGAGUUUUCGCGGUCUGGCCACGGUUGCUGACACUACGCGACCAUACGAUGUCGUCGUCAUCGGAGGCGGCCAUGCUGGAUCAGAAGCAUGCGCUGCGGCCGCUCGCUCAGGCGCUCGUACGGCGUUAGUUACCCCAUCGCUUUCGAACAUCGGAGUGUGCUCGUGUAAUCCGAGCUUUGGAGGAAUUGGAAAAGGCACGAUGAUUCGGGAAGUGGACGCUAUGGACGGAGUCGCGGGGCGGAUCAUCGACAAGGCAGGCAUCAUGUUUCGAGUUCUCAACCGGUCAAAAGGACCGGCUGUUUGGGGCCCCCGCGCGCAGAUUGACCGUGACUUGUACAAGAAUUAUAUGCGUGAAGAACUGCUCUCGACGGAGGGACUGAGCAUUCUCGAGGGCAAAGUUGCGGAUAUCGUGAUCUCAAAGGACGAUGUUGGGACAGGGCCUGCAGCGCCGGCUGGCAAGAUUGUUGGUGUUCGGCUGGAGACGGGCGAAGUGUUACCGACAAGCCGGGUCGUGAUAACAACGGGCACUUUCCUAGGCGGGGAAAUUCAUAUCGGGCUCAACGCCUAUCCGUCAGGGCGAAUAGGGGAGGCUGCUACGUUCGGACUAAGCAAGUCGCUCCGCGAAGCCGGAUUCCAGCUCGGCCGAUUAAAGACUGGGACGCCCCCUCGACUUGAUAAGAAAACAAUCGAUUUCGGGGCGCUGGAAAUACAUCCCGGCGACUCGCCACCGAUGCCGUUCUCCUACCUUAAUAAGAGGGUUCAAGUAGACGAUGAUGCCCAGCUUCCCUGCUGGAUGACCCACACCAACAAUGCGAGCCAUGAUAUCGUGCGUGCCAACUUGGACAAAUCCGUCCAUAUUAGAGAGACGGUCAAGGGCCCAAGAUAUUGUCCCUCUCUGGAAUCCAAGAUCAUUCGCUUCAAGGACAAGACGCAGCACUUGAUCUGGCUUGAGCCAGAGGGCUUCGCGCCGAACGAGGUUAUCUAUCCCAACGGAAUUUCGAUGACCAUUCCAGAGGACGCGCAGUUUGAGUUACUACGGACUAUUCGUGGUCUUGAAAACGUGAAGAUGCUUCAGCCUGGCUACGGCGUGGAGUACGACUACAUUGACCCGCGCAACCUACGACCAACCCUCGAGACGAAGUUGAUUAGUGGACUGUAUCUCGCCGGCCAAAUCAACGGCACCACAGGCUACGAAGAAGCAGCAGGACAGGGAAUUAUUGCAGGCACAAACGCCGGUCUCUCCGCUCAGGGACGCAAACCCCUCACCCUCUCCCGCUCCGACGGCUUCAUCGGCAUCAUGAUUGACGACCUCAUAACCAAGGGUGUCUCAGAACCAUACCGCAUGUUCACCGCACGCAGCGAAUUUCGCAUCUCAACCCGUGCCGAUAACGCUGAUCUCCGCCUGACCCGCAUGGCCCGCGAAGCUGGCAUUGUCUCCGACAACCGCUGGCGCCUUUUCAUUGACACGGAAGCUCAGAUCAACGAGCUCCAGUCUCUUCUAUCCAACACCAAAGCUACCGCAAGCACCUGGUCGCGCAAGGGCUUCAAAAACCGGUUGGACAGCUCCACCCGCUCCGCGCUCGACCUCCUUUGUAUCGACGGCGUCGACAUCGACGCCCUAAUCCCGUACAUUGAAUCACCCACAGGGACAGUCUACACACCUUCAUCCUUCAGCCCCGAGAUCCGCACCCGCGUCGCCAUCGAGGGCCGCUACGCGCCCUAUCUCGCCCGCCAGUCCGCCCUCGUCCGCAACUUUCAGCAGGACGAACACGUCCUCCUCCCGCCUGACUUAGACUACUCGGCUAUCUUCGGGCUCAGCAGCGAGGAGCGUCAGGCGCUGGAACGGGUUCGGCCCGUGAGUAUUGGAAUGGCGCGGCGCAUUGAGGGUAUGACGCCUGCUGGUGUGUUGAAAAUCCUUCUUCAGGUGAGGAGGAAUGGUGGGUUGACGAGGGAUGUGAUUGCCGAGACGGCGCAAAUGGAGAAGGCGCCUGAUGAUGUUUCGGCUUAG